GUAGAAAGAGAGUGAGAUAGUAGUAUUUCGCCAGCUGUUGUGCAUCUUACAGAUGUUUGAUAAAAUACAGUUAAAAUCAGAACUUCCCUAGGAGCAAAAACACAGCGUGUGGCAUCUUCUUCUUAUUCUCUCUUUUCGGGUCAGUGUUUUGAUGCAUCGAAAUUAAUGGUCCCGUGUUGGCGGCUGUGGGGGAUUUUCCUGACUAGAGGAAUAAUGCGCCUUGCCAUGCAUAUAGUGGAAGCCGAUCGCUGGCAGUCGGCAUCCGGUCUUGACUUUGGCCAUGCUGACGACGAAUGAAUCCAGCAGUUGUCGGAAUACUGCCCACGCAGUUGGCGGUUAUUGUGAUGUGGCCGACAAGGACGACAGUGUCGUGGGUGAUUGCAGCCGUAGUGCUGCGCUGGGCUGCUGGACAAUCCCAGUCCAGGCCCAACAUAGUGUUUAUCCUUGCCGACGACUUGGGAUGGAACGACGUGGGUUUUCAUGGAUCAACGGCCAUCAGAACGCCAAACAUCGACGAUUUGGCUUAUUCCGGAAUCAUGCUCAACAACUACUACGUCAAUCCGAUUUGCACGCCUUCUAGAAGCUCGCUUUUGACCGGAAAAUAUCCUAUUCACACAGGAAUGGAGCACUCCGUCAUCCUAGAAACUGAGCCCUGGGGACUAGGACUUGAUGAAAUACUGCUUCCGGAGUACUUAGCUCCUCUGGGCUACACACGUCACAUCGUGGGCAAAUGGCACCUGGGGUUUUUUCAGAAAGAAUACACGCCCACGUACCGCGGAUUCCAGACCCACUUUGGCUACUGGUCUGGGAAGCACGACUACUGGUCACAUUUCUCUGAAAAAUACAUCUCAAACAAUUUUUUUAUGACUGGUCUUGACAUGCGGCUGAACAUGGAACCAGCUCACAACACAACCGGUCGUUAUACCACUGAUCUCCUGACAGAAGCAGCUACUUUGAUCAUUCACCAUCACAAGGUGGACGAAUCCCCGUUGUUCUUGUACUUGUCGCACUUGGCUGUUCAUUCAGCUAACAAGGAGCAACCCCUGCAAGCUCCCAAAGAACUAGGUAAAAUUUACGCCUCCCAAGGUACAACGUACGAUGGAUGGUGGGAUGGGUGGUAUGGACCAGCAGAACAAGGAACAUCUCGAGACACAAGUGCAGUCGAAAACGAAAUCCUCAUCAACAACGUAUGGAUAUCCAAAUCCAAGACCAAUGAAGUCAGAGAUGCUGCGGCAGACGGGUUGCCAAGAAUCACCUCUCAGGUGGAAGAAGCCCUACAGGGAGCUGGCUUAUGGAGCUACAGCUACAGCGACUCAAUCCCCUUUAAAAUAGAUUGCGGACAAAAAGUGCUUCCACGCAUGGGGACUCCUUGCAAUCCCUUGCAUGGACGCCCGUGCCUGUUCCACGUUAAAGAAGAUCCGUGCGAAUACCACAAUUUGGCGGAUUUUUAUCCUGACAUUUUGGAUAGUUUGUGGAAACGAAUGAUGACGAUUGCAGCCACGGCAGUUCCGGCAAGGAACCAGCCGCAUGAUCCCGAAGCAAACCCGGCAAAGCAUUGUUAUUUAUGGUCCACGUGGCAAUCUCAAGAGGUAGCUUUUUCAUGA